AUGGCGGCGACCGCUGCGGGACGUGUUCUGACGCUUUGCAGACAAUUUCAAGUGGGCUUAAGGAUUUCUUCAGCGUUACCAAUUAAGCAGCCAGCACUGUCUUUUAGCGGAUCUACGAUCUGUCCUCUCAGGCAAACGUCCAGCUUGUUUGCCCAGAAGCAUGUGGGCAUUGCUGCCCAGUGUCGGUCUCUGCACACGUCCCAAUGCAAAAUGGGCCUGGAUGAGUUUUUCGAUAUUCCUGAAAAUUGGGGGGAAACAACGGUCAAGUCAGGUGCACCUUGGACUGCAAAGCAGCUAAGAACAAAAAGUAACGAAGACUUACACAAACUAUGGUAUGUACUCCUAAAAGAAAGGAACAUGCUGCUGACUGUUGAACAGGAGUCAAAGAGACAGAGGCGCUCAAUGCCGAGUCCGGAGCGUUUAAGAAAGGUUGAGCGAUCAAUGUUGAGGCUGGACUCGGUGGUGAAGGAGAGAGAAGAUGCGAUCCGGUUACUGCAGACUGGCCAGGAGCAUGCACGUCCAGGAGCGUGGAGAAGAAACAUCUUCGGAAAGACAUACUGGUAUAAGUUUACGGAACACCAAAUUCCCUGGUACCUGAACCAGAGAUACAAAAGAAAACGAUUCUACACGCCUUUGUUCGUCAACCCGUUCAUAAGGCUUCGGCUGGAGCAGUACCUGCGUCACAAGACGAGGAAGGACAGGGCGGAGAGAGGAAGACAGAGGAAACUGAAGGUGAAGAUCUCACAGCAGCAGUCCGCGAAGGCAUGAAGACAAACUUGCGCCACUGGAGUCUGACGGCAACGAUUGGAGGCUUUUGGGGAUAAGAACUAUCUUUUUUUUUUGCUGCAGCCCAGUUUACACUGGAUAAAGAUUGUGUUGCGGAAACUGUUAAACGCGCAUCUGCUCAUGCAUCAUCAUAUGUUGUGUAACCUUUAUGUAAAUGUUUUUUUAAAAAUCACGUCAUGUGACCAUGCAGUGUGUUACCAUGGGCUAAAUAAAGUAUCCAAGAGCCAUCCGA